AUGCGUUCUCCUCUCGUCCUUGGAACGGCGGCUUUGGCCACUGCUGCCUCUGCUGCGCCUAACUACAUCUUUUACUUUGACCAGUGGCAUACUGCCAAUCUUCCUGACAAGUCUCAGACCGCUGGUGUCACCCAUGUCAUCACCGCCUUUGCCAACUCUUCGCUCUUUGCUGCCGAGCCUGCUGGAAAGUAUGAGCCUUUCAAGCCUCUCGACGAGAUCCGUGCCCUCUUCGACGAUGGCACCAAGGUCUGUAUGGCUAUUGGUGGCUGGGCCGACACUGCUGGCUUCAGCGCCGGAGCCAAAACGGACAAGACGCGCAAGAGGUACGCUAGGAACGUCGCAGACACCCUGGCCAGACUCGGAUACGAUUGUGUCGAUAUCGACUGGGAGUACCCUGCUGGCAACGGCGAGGAUUACAAGCGUAUCCCUAACUCCAAGAAGGUCGACGAGAUCAAGAGCUACCCCAAGCUCUUGAAGGAGAUCAAGAAUGCCAUUGGUGACAAGGAGCUCUCCAUUGCCGUUCCUGGUCUUGAGCGGGAUAUGAUUGCCUACACUCAUGAGCAGGUUCCCAAGAUCAACGCCGUUGUCGAUUACGUCAACAUCAUGUCUUAUGAUCUCAUGAACCGCCGUGAUAGCGUCACCACCCACCACUCCUCUUACGAGGGAACCGCCAAGGCUGUCGACGCCUACAUCUCCCGCGGCUUCCAGCCUAGCAAGCUCAACAUUGGAUUCGCCUUUUACGCCAAGUGGUUCACCACCAAGGCGGGCGUCCAAUGCACCGAACCCACCGGAUGCCCUACUGAGCUCCUCGAGGCUGCUGAUGGAAGCGACACUGGCAAGUCUGGCACCAUUACCUUUGAAAAGGCCAACUUUGUCGAGGCGCCUAAGAACUUGACUGUUUCACCUGAUGGUUCUUGUGGAGCUGGUACCUCUUUCAAGUGUGGUGAGGUUACUUGCUGCAGUCAGUUUGGUUUCUGCGGCAACUCUACUGCUCACUGCAGCACUGGCUGCCAGUCUGCUUAUGGCCGAUGCGAGGGUAUCGAUAUCUCUGGUUCUUUCCUCACUGCCAUGGAGAAUGGCAAGACUGAUACCGCUGCUGGCGGUCAGUGGUACUGGGAUGCCACCACCUCUCUGUACUGGACCUGGGAUACCGCCGACCUGAUCACCCAGAAGAUCAACGGUCUGGUCCCCACCAAGGGUCUCGGAGGUAUCUUUGCCUGGAGUCUUGCUCAGGACAGCCAGGAUUGGAGCCGUCUUACCGCUAUGCGCGAGGGAUUCAACACGCUCUCUGGUCAAAGCUCUGGACGUCCCAAGGCUUCUCACUUUAAGAAGCACCAGGGUCACUAUGGCCACCCCAGCUAUUAA